CAGACCGACGGACCGACGGUCCGUCCAUCCAGCUGCCUCUGCAGAAGCGCGUGCACGCCUCGCAGCCUGCAGCCUGCAGCCGGAGCUGGAGCCGGAGCCGGAGCUGGAGCUGGAGCUGGAGCUGCAGCCGGAGCUGGAGCUGGAGCCGGAGCCGCGCUGCGCCGUACCGGUCCAUGUGCGUGAGCGUGUGCGCCCCUGCGUGCGUCCGGCGGCCGGUGUGUCUGCGCUCCCGGGACGGGAACAGCGGCGAACGGGCCAAGUUGAGCCCCCCUCCCACGAUGCGCGGGGGGGCCAGCAGAGAUUGCAGUGGAGACUCGGCAGCACAGGCGCACGCACACGCAAUGAAGAUUGGAUUACAACAACUGUGAUUUUCUUCGCAGCUUGCGCGCGCGUCAAGUGCUAAAACCUGGGAUUUCAUUCAUCUUUUUUUUGUCGGACUCGGUGGGAAUUAUUUUGAUUCUGUGAUUAUUAUUAUUAUCCCCCCCCCGACCCCCCCGCCCCCCUCCUCCUGUUGUGCAGUGUUCCAUCGGAGGCUGCAUGGUUCUUCAAAGGAGAGAGUGUGUUGCAAUGUCAUCUCACGCAGCCGUUUUGGAGCUCUGUGGAAGGGAGAUGCUGGGAUGAAGUGGUUCGGCAGUAUGUCCCUCAGCAGCAAAAGAAGUAAGAGGAGGGGUAGAAGGAGCAGGAGUUGCGGCAGUGGAGGAAACGGUGCUCUGCUAUCCCUGGCCCUCCUGAUGGUGGUGUCCACGAUGGCCGACCCCGCGGCGGCUCAGAAGCAGCGAACUGGUGGCGGUUCAGAGAAAGUCCCGGUCCUGAACAUCGCUGUGAUCCUGGGACGCACGCGCUACAUCUCGGACCGGGACAUCAGGGCUCUGUGGAGCAAAGAGGACCCCAUCGACGUCAACGUGGUCACGCUGCUGGUCAAUGAGACUGACCCGAAAAGCAUCAUCACACAUAUGUGUGACCUGAUGUCGGGGACCAAGAUCCACGGUGUGGUGUUUGGGGAUGGCACUGACCAAGAAGCCAUCGCCCAGAUUUUGGAUUUUAUUUCCUCACAGACGCUCAUACCCAUCCUGGGCAUCCACGGAGGGUCGUCCAUGAUCAUGGCUGACAAGGAUGUGAAGUCAACCUUCUUCCAGUUUGGAGCCUCCAUCCAGCAGGAGGCUCUGCUGAUGUUGAACAUCAUGGAGGAGUAUGACUGGCACAUCUUCUCCAUUGUUACGUCCAAGUUCCCCGGCUACCAGGAGUUCAUCAACAUCCUGAAAACUACAGUGGACAACAGUUUUGUGGGCUGGGACCUGCAGAAUAUCAUCACUCUGGAUGCAGUAGAAGAAGACAGUCGUUCUCAGAUCAUGCUCAAGAAGGUCCAGUCUCCUGUAGUCUUGCUCUACUGCUCCAAAGACGAGGCCGUCUACAUCCUGGACGAGGCUCGCUCUCUGGGCCUGACUGGGUUUGGUUACAUCUGGAUUGUGCCGUCACUCACCACCGGAAACCCGGAAAUAACGCCAGAGACGUUUCCAUCGGGAAUGAUUUCAGUGUCGUACGAUGACUGGGACUACCCGCUGGAAGCACGAGUCCGGGAUGGUCUUGGGAUCAUAACGUCUGCAGCGGCAGCCAUGUUGGACGAGUAUGGCGACAUCCCCGAGGCCAAGACGUCCUGUUAUGGCCAGAUGGAGAAAACCACAAAGCUGCCGCCCAGCGCACUACAUAAGUACAUGAUGAAUGUCACAUGGGAUGGCAGAGACUUGUCGUUCACAGAGGACGGCUACCAGGAAAACCCAAAGCUGGUGGUCAUAGUUCUCAACAAGGAAAGAGAGUGGGAAAAGAUGGGGAAACUGGACAAUGGCAGCUUGACAAUAAAGUACCCAGUGUGGCCACGUUUCAACUCCUUCGGGGACGCUGAGAUGGACGACAACCACCUGUCCAUUGUCACCUUGGAGGAGAAACCUUUUGUCAUUGUGGAGGAUGUGGAAAGGCUCACUGGUACCUGCAUGAGAAACUCUGUGCCCUGUAGGAAGCAUAUCAAAGAUAACACAACAGAAGCUGGUGGAACAUAUAUCAAAAAAUGCUGCAAAGGGUUCUGCAUUGAUAUCCUAAAGAAGAUUGCUAAGUAUGUAAAGUUCACGUACGACCUGUACUUGGUCACUAAUGGGAAGCAUGGCAAGAAAAUCAACAACGUCUGGAAUGGGAUGGUGGGAGAGGUGGUCUAUAAGAAAGCCGUCAUGGCCGUCGGUUCUCUGACGAUCAAUGAGGAGCGUUCUGAGGUCAUCGAUUUCUCCGUCCCAUUCGUAGAAACUGGGAUCAGCGUCAUGGUCUCGCGUAGUAAUGGCACAGUCUCGCCUUCAGCCUUCCUAGAGCCAUUCAGUGCGUCAGUGUGGGUGAUGAUGUUUGUCAUGCUCCUACUGGUGACUGCAAUGGCUGUCUUUAUGUUCGAGUACGUCAGUCCUCUUGGCUUUAACAGAAACCUGGCACAGGGAAAAGACCCCCACGGACCUUCAUUCACAAUGGGGAAGGCCGUGUGGCUGCUGUGGGGUCUGGUCUUUAACAACUCUGUUCCAGUGCAGAACCCGAAAGGAACAACCAGCAAGUUCAUAGUGUCUGUGUGGGCCUUCUUUGCUGUCAUUUUUCUGGCCUCCUAUACUGCCAACCUGGCUGCCUUCAUGAUUCAGGAAGAGUUUGUGGAUCAAGUCACUGGUCUUUCAGACAACAAGUUUCAGAACCCAUAUGCAUAUUCGCCUCCGUUCCGCUUUGGGACGGUCCCCAAUGGAUCCACUGAGAGGAACAUCAGGAAGAACUACCCUGCCAUGCACCAGUAUAUGACCAAGUAUCAUCUGACUGGGGUCCAGGACGCACUUGUCAACCUCAAAGCCGGCAAACUGGACGCCUUCAUCUAUGAUGCUGCGGUGCUGAACUACAUGGCUGGCAGGGAUGAGGGAUGUAAGCUGGUGACCAUUGGCAGCGGGUACAUCUUUGCUACCACUGGUUAUGGCAUUGCUCUGCAAAAAGGUUCCUACUGGAAGCGACAGGUGGACCUGGCUAUCCUGGCAAUCAUUGGGGAUGGUGAAAUGGAAGAACUAGAAGCCCAGUGGCUGACUGGAAUUUGCCACAAUGAGAAGAACGAGGUGAUGUCAAGUCAGCUGGAUGUGGACAACAUGGCGGGGGUCUUCUACAUGCUGGCCACUGCCAUGGGACUGUCCCUCAUCACCUUUGUCUCCGAGCAUCUCUUCUACUGGAGACUCAGAUACUGCUUCACCGGAGUCUGCAAUGGCACGCCUGGUCUUCUUUUCUCCAUCAGCAGGGGAAUCUGGAGCUGCAUCCAUGGAGUCCACAUUGACAUGAAGAAAAAGACAGAUCUUGACUUUAGCCCCCAGGAUAAAAUGCUCAAACUCAUCAAGUCUGCCAAACAGAUGACCAACAUGUCGAACCUGAGUGGCUCGCGCAUGAACUCGCCCAAAAGAGAGUUCAUGCACUCAGCUGGCCCCAUGAUCAUGGACAUGAUGGCAGAGAAGGGCAACUUCAUCUAUGCCGACAAUCGAAGCUAUGCUCCGAAAGAUUUAAUGUAUGGGGACACUGGUGAUUUGCAGUCAUAUCUUGCUAACCGCCACAAGGACCACCUUAACAACUAUAUCUUCCAGGGCAGCCAGCAUCCUUUGACGCUGAAUGAUGCCAAUCCAAACACAGUUGAAGUUGCAGUGAGUGCUGACGCUGUCCAGACCAACGCCAAGCCACAGCGGGCGCUUUGGAAGAAGUCAGUGGAUACACUUCGCUCUGUGCCACCAGGGCCCGCUCCGAUGCCUGACAUGCUGAUGCCAGACCCACGACUGUCAAUGAAGACGCAGCGCUACCUCCCAGAGGACGCGGCCCACUCUGACAUCUCUGAUUGUUCAAGCAGAGCAGCCUCCUACAAGGACCCAGAAAACAGCAAGCACCUGAAACCCAAGGACAACUUAAAAAAAAGAUCGGUGACGUCCAAAUACCCAAGGGAUUGCAGUGAGGUGGAGUUGUCCUACUUAAAAACGAAGCAGGUCACUGGCGGAGCCAACCACAGUGGGAGAGCAGCAGGAGAGAAAAUCUACACCAUCGACUCAGACCGAGAGAUGAGCCUCCAUUCAGACCCCAUUCUCUACCGUGAAGGUCAUGGUCUUGCCACAGAUGAUUUGGAUUACCCUGAAAUAUACUCUGACCACAGCGACAACUACAGGAAGUGUGAGCAGCCCAUCAUUCAUCUCAAUUCCUCACCUUUACAUCACACAGACGCAGAUCUUCUACCAGACUCAGCUUACUCUAAACACUACAACUUGAAAGACAAAAACCUUGCUUUGUCCCCUCAUGAAUCCAUUGAUCGCUACAAGCAGACACACUGCCGUUCCUGCUUGUCCAAAGUCAGCUCUAGCUACCCACCAGGAGUUCCAUACGUCCCUGCUGCAACUGCAACUGCCACAGCCGCUGGCACGCGCUCACCUUACAAUCGGUGCGAGGCAUGCCUCCACACAGCCAAUCUGUAUGACAUCAGUGAAGACCAGCUUCUGGCAGAUCCUUUGGUCAGUCCCACCUUGCAUCACCAAGAGCAGCAGCCAGACGACAUGUUUGGUCUCUAUUGGCCACAGACAGAUGGACCCCAUGUUCAAAAGAGAAACCGCUUGAGGUUGAGUCGUCAGCACUCCUUUGACAAUAUCAUGCUAGAAAAGCCCAAGGAUGUGGACCUGGGCCGACCAGCACGCAGCGUCAGCCUUAAGGAGAAGGAUCGCUUCCUGGACUCUGCAUCUGACUCUCAGUAUGCAAAUCUCUUCGGCAUGCGCCCCUACUCUGGCAGACUGUUCGGCACUGGGUCUAAAUCUAUGCUGUUUAACCACAACCUGGAGGAAAGCAAGAGGAGCAAGUCCCUGUACCCGGCCCAUGGCUCGGAAAACCCUUUCCUCAGCCACUCGCUGAGGGAUGACACCAGCAGCAGACUGGUCCAUGGGCGUAGCUCCUCUGAUAUUUACAAACAGCUGGCAGUAGGUUCUCCUGCUGCAGCGCUGGGAGCAGCCCCCAUCAAAACACGCAACGAAGCGAACAAUCUCCGCUCUUCCGUUAAAUCCACCUCUUCAUACUGCUCAAGGGAUGGGCGGAUAGCUAAUGACAUGUACAAUAAAGAGCAUGUGAUGCCUUACUCAGCCAAUAAGACUAGUGCAUACCCUGCCCCACGUGGCGUCCUAAACUCAGCCCAGUUCAGCAAUAGACGGGUGUAUAAGAAAAUUCCCAGUCUGGAGUCAGAUGUUUAGUUGAUGUAAGAAAUAUUGUGUUCUCUCCUUCUUGCUCCUCUCUGGGUUUGUAUUAUAAUUUAUCAACUAUGUUAUCCGCUAAGGGAUGCCAUAGCCACAGUAUGUAUUUCUUCUCUUUGACAUUAUAAUUGAAAAGAACUUGUGCCCAUUUGGGUUUGACAGUAUGAUUACUACUCUCUUUACAGACAAUAUCACCAUCUCUGUUCAUUCUCUCCCAUGUACCAGUUGUUGGCUGUUUUGUCAACACUCUGCCAUAAGGUAUCGUAGCAUAAAGAGAAGGGGAAUUGUUAAUGUCCAGGUUUAAAAAUGGAAGAGAAUUAAGUGGAAGGUAUACAUUGUGUUGCAGGACAAGUUCAAGAAUCACUGGGAAAGAGUAAUAUUGGCUUGACGUGAUGUGUUAGGAGGUGAUUAAAGAGGGCAGGAGUAAUUGUAUAACAGGGGGAUUAGAAGAAGGGAAAAAGGUGAUAAUUCCUUUAACCACCCACUGUCUUUCACCUUCCUUUUUCUUACCCACCUCCACUGUCAUGAUUCAGGCUCAGGUUGAGGGGGAGAGCUUUGACAGGGAGACCAGAUGGGUGAGCCAGACAUGGAGGCAUCCCAGGAGGGCAGGGGUGUCACCGCUGGGCUAGUCCAUUGGUCCGCUGAUGCUUAUCCGACAAAUCAGGUUACUGAGACACCUGGCAGUUGUAGAAUGCAAAAAAAAAAAGGCAAAAAGGAAGAAUAGGGAUGAGUGGCUAAAUGACACAGUGGAGCAAACAGUAAUUUGUAGCAGAUAGAUGUCACAGUGGGGUUUUAUGUGUUAGGGGACACCACAGUGAAGACGAUGAGAGUAAUGAAGAUUUUGUUCGUGAAAAAUGUUUACAGACAGACAGAUAAAGACAAGUAAAAAGAAAGGGACAGAGAAGCACGUGAACCUGUGGCAAUAGAUGGGCAUUUCAUUUGAGGCAUUGCACAUAGUAAAAUAAUUGCAAAGAAUUGCUUUUUUAUUCUAUUGAGCUGUAAGAUUUAUAAGGGAUUCUGGCAUCCGGAUCCCCCUAUGUAAGAUUUUAGUGUUUGCUUAUUUGGUAGCACAAUAGCAUUUAGUUUAAAAGCCUCCCUACCAUAUUUGCUUUUGACAAAAGCAUAACUUAAUGAAAAAUACCAUCAAGAGUAGUAGAUUAUUUUGCAUGUGUUAUUUUUUUCGGAGUCAGACAUGAAAAUAUACACCCAAAAAGACUCUCAGAUACUUGAUAGAUGUUUUUGAAAGAGGCUAUGUUUUCCCAGAGGUGCCGGAUCGAUAUCUGUACAAUCGAAACUUGGAUCUUUGACCUUUGAGCUUAGUAAUCCUGUGCAAUGCUAUGGUUGCAAAAAAGCAAGUUAAUGGUGGAAGGGAAGAGAGCAAAGUUGGUAAUAAACCAGGGAGAAAAAAAUGAGAUGACAACUUUAUCCAAGUGGGCACCAAUGUGUGAGAGCAGUGUUGAUUUUUAUAAUUUUUUUUCAACUGCCUUCCUUAAGAAACAGGGUAUUUAACUAUGAAAAACACUGACAAUUCCUUCCUUCUUACUUUCUUCCUUCAACAUGAUGCAUCCUGAGUAUGUAUAAUAAUGACAUAAUACUUGUUUUUUCUUGAGGGGCUUGUGUACAGUUGAACUUUGGUUGGUUUAACCAACAAAGUGAAGUCUAAGUGAGUAUCCAGUCCAGUCCCACAUAAGAAUAUGCGAUAGUUAGAUUGGUCCACACUGCAAAAUAUUGGUGUUUUUUCAAUAAGGGCUCAAUAAAUCUACAAUGUCCAGACUCAUAUCCCUCUGUAAAAUACAGAGAUCCAUCUAUCGUGUCACUACGUAAUUAUAUCAGUGUUUUUGUCAUUCCCUGAUGACGUUUACAUGGGAUGUCUUGUUUCGUCCAUGACUACAUACCUUAAACUUGAUUUAUUUAUGGUGUGUAUAUCUUAGGAAUAGGAUGAUUAAUGCGUAUCUGGGUCCAUGGGCACAUGUGGCACCAUCUUCUUUUUUUUCCAAACUGAAAUUUGAUUUAAUUCAGUGCAAUUCAACUCAAUAUACUGUAGUAAUAAUAGUCUGAUUUUCAUUAAUUAUUGUAGUUUCCCAUUGUGUUUAGUACCGUUGUGAUAGCUAAGAGGUGUACACUCCUAAUUAGUUUAAUUCAUCUAAUUUUGCUUGUAGGUUUUUCUCCGGUUAAUCCCACAAACCAAAAACAUGAUUGUAAGAUUGUUUAGCAAUUCUACAUUUUUCCUAGACGUGAGUUGAUAUGGUGGUUUGGUUUGUCUUUUUGUACCCCAGCACUUGUGUAGUGACAGUUGAAAAUGACAUUCGGCACAACAUGCUACAAUGCAGGUAAAGAAAAUGCAAAGUUCAUGAGGCACUUUCACCUUAAUGGAAGAAGAUCGAUCAAUCAGAAGACAAUGAAGAUAAAAUCAUUCUUUUUUUUUUAGUAUUUUUUUAGUAAUUAAAAUUACUCCACUUAUGUCCACUGAAAUAACAAACAGGAGAAUCACAAGUAUGUUUUAGGCUUCAUAGCGCAAGAGAAAAAAAAAAUCAUUAAAAGAUCUUAUUUGAUUUUAGUAUGUAGUUUGAUAUACAACUCUUCAAGUCUUCGCUCCAUAAAAUGAAAUGAACCAAUUCAACCGAGCUAAAAAUUCUUCACUGCAAAGAAAAACCAAAAAACAGUGUCUAUAAAUAUGUCUAAUAUUCCAGUAAGUCUGGUAAGUACAUUUUUCUUGACUACAAUUCUUAAAAGUAGCAAUAUAGUCUAAAAUAGUCUCCUAUUUUUCUUUAAACAAGACUUUUUUUUCUAUUAAACUUUACUUCACUUAGAGAUGAGUUUUUGCAUCGUUUGAUUUAAAUCUUCAACAUCCAUUUGACAUAUUUAACAAAGUCCUUUCACUUUUCUACUUUGCUCUCGCUCAUGAUUUAUUAGUAGUUAAAUGACACGGGUUAGGGUGACACUGGAUUCAGUCUGGUAUCAAACAAAUACUUUAGAUGAGGAAAAUAUGCACUUUAAGUGCUUACAAAUCAUGCAUCAUGGUUUACUCUGACCUCAGAUGGAGGUCCACAUAAAACAACAUCCUAAAAUCCUGAACAUCACCUGUCACUUCAGGAUUUCUACUUCUCAGUCGUGACACCACCAUUUUUGGAUGUGUGGACCAACACCAUCUAUUACAGGUUUUUUUGUGAGACUGGAUAGAAAUUUGGACUGAUCAAACGGGGCUCUUGAUGAUGUGAAGAUUACUUGAGGUGGAUCUCUUGUUUAGCUUUGUUGUUUGGGUGGUAGGUGGGAUGGGGUGGGUGGGACCAAAGCAGCUCUGCUGUUUUGUAUUGGUCAAUCAUGUAUCCAUGUGCGAGGAUAAUGUGGCGAGUGUGAGCGGUGGAGGAUAGCUAAGCCUGAAAUUUUAGCCAGAGCAUUUAAUUCUCAAACUGAUAUGUGAUGCAUUUAUUCAUCUUUUAUUUUUCUAUUUGAUACCACUUAGCAGUAAAGACUUGCACAUGCAUUUAUUUCCAUUUUCACGUGUGCCCACCAAACAUGUUAUUUUGUAGCAUAAAGCUGUACAAAUUGUACACUUAAAAGAAAAAACAUGAAAUCAUCUUCACAACUGACUUGCUUGAUCAAUUGGAUUCACCAAGCCAAAAUUUAUCAAACAAAAUACCUCAGGAUGAUUCUGCACAUUUUGGGGAGCAGUAGCAACAGGACAUGAUGUGCCGCAAGUGUUUUUUGUUAAUAAAAAAGAAAAAAAAAAAUGUGAAAAAAAAUGAAGAAAAAAAACAUAGCGGCUAUGAAGCAGAAUCAAACUUCUCUUUCUGAUGUUUACCAGUCCUAAGUCUUCCAGUUCGGCUCUGACUCCGAACUCCUGCAACCAGACUGAAAAGAGAAGUGGAAGAGCAGGAGGGAAAAAAGAGAUGACGCUGGGGGGGGCUUAGAUGCUUUUCUCAACAUGGGGUGUGCUGCGUGUAGCUGUGCUUCUUGCCAAACUAAGCCCCCUCAGCAGAACAAAGGAUGUAACUUAAUCCGCAAAUGGGAAUCUCUGUCUUUCUUCUCCAUUGUUUUUAGCGGCACUUGACUUUGUUAGCCACUGUGUUUCAACUGAAGCUCCAUCUUUAACAUUUUUAACUGUCAUAUCACUGUUUUAUACUCUCGGGGUACUGCAGUAUCCUCUCCUCCCCUUACCCAGUCAGCUUCCCCGAUAUUGACUGAUGAACAUUUGUCUUUUAAUUUUUUUGUUUUUUUUUGUUGCAUCUUAUCUGCAUAUUUAUUAUCAUAUUUAUCUCCACAUGCUGCUUGCGUAAGCUGACGAGUGAACAAUAUGCACAUGUAAAAAAAAUUAUAUAUAUAAGGUUAUAUAUAUAUAUAUAUAUGUGUGUAAUAUAUAUAUAUAUAUAUAUAUAUAUAUAUAUAUAUAUAUAUAUAUAUAUAUAUAUAUAUAUGUAUAUAUAUAUAUAUAUAUAUAUAUAUCGAAUGGCACCAUUGCAUUUUCUGAAUUCAUGACAUUGUUCAGUUUGUUCUACUUUUACAGAACUGUCAUGUAAACUGAUGGUGUUUUAUACUCAAACACACACCCAAACGCUCUCAGAUACACCCUUGUGAUGACAACCCUUCUCUUUUUAAUAGCAAAAAUGUAUUUUAAUUACAUUUAAAGAUAAAUAAUGAGGUGAUGGCAUGCAACCCCAGAUGUAACGAUUUUUUCUCUUUUUAUUUAUCAGUUUAUUUAUUUACUUUUAUUUUGGUUAUGAUGUUAUGAUCACCAAUGCGUUGUAACCAGGUAUAUACGUAUUUGAGAAAACUAAAGAACUAUCUGUGUUGAAAACAAUGAAGAUGCUGCUGUUGUUAUGGGGGAGUAGGUGGGGACUCGACCCCUGUGCAGCUCACUUAUUGGCUGGGUGGCCGUCAUCAGGCCGCGUUUUGCCCAAUAAAGAGGCAGGUUAGGGGGUCGAGGCUUGGCAGAACAGCCUCGCUCUCCCUCCAAUGGCAGGUGGGAAAAACUGUAUCACCAGCUCUGCUUCUCUCUUCCCUCUCCUUCAUAUGUAGUCAGAACUUCACCUUUAAAGAAAAUAGAAGAAAAAAACAAACACAACCCUCUACUUUGAGUCUGCUAUCCCUCCAAAGAUACAAGCCCUCUUUCUUUCUUGUUUGCUGUAAGAAGCUUUAUUCCUUUUACUUUUUUCUUUUUUCUAAAAAAAAAAGAACUAAUACUUCCUCAAAGACUUUUAAGGAACUAUUUUGAAUAUAUUUAGAAAUGACACCUGUAAACAUCGCUUGUAAAUUCAUACUGGAAUACAUCAUCAAUGAGAAUUAUAAAGAGUAAAAACAAUAUUUUUUGUGUGAAUUUCACAAGAGCUCUUCUGUACAGUGGCACUGUUUAUCUCUCUAUCUCUCUCUCUCUCUUUCUAUCUCUCUUUCUCUCUCUGUAGAGCGACUAGAAUAAAAUUUCACCAUUCACAAGG